AUGGAGGCUGUUAUGUACAUGGGACAUUUUAGUCCCACUCCUACCAUAUGCUCCACCUUGAGUCCCUUGGUUGAAAAGUGUCAUUCAAUGUAUAUUAUUCAACUGUUGCAUCAAAAGUCAUAUCAAUUGUCAGCAACAGACUACGAAGAGUAUGUCGGAAGACUCUAUUCUGCUUACGGUGCAUUUGCCAUGACACCGGAAGGCGGUACCAUGUUCAAGGACUGGUUGCAGUCUGGUAGAAAAUCCAAAGCAUGUAAAAAAGAACUAUGGACAAUGAUAACAAAUAUGCUACCCACUACAUGA